AUGAUUAUUGUUAUUGGUUCAGGAGUUGUGGGCCUCUCAACAGCCGUCGUAUUGGCUGGGAAAGGAUAUCGAGUGCUUGUUAUUGCUGACUGGUUUCCAGGUGAUCCUGAAGUCGCAAAAUAUGCAUCUCCAUGGGCCGGUGCCCAUUUCCGCCCGUUUCCCUCAUUCUCAGCUCAAGAUUUAGUGGAAAAAGGCUAUACUCGAGAGACCCUAGCUCACUUUGAGACUCUCGCUGUAGCACACCCCGAAUCUUCGAUUAAGUUCAUCCAGGGAGUGGAGUAUAUUGACUGUCCAACUAAUAAGCAUUUAAAGGGUGAAGGAUAUGAAGAUAUUCCACAUUUCAAGUGUAUCGAUCCAAAUUCCGAGGGCGUCCCCAAUGGUACAAAAUUUGCAUGCUCUUAUCGGACAUGGGUUUUGGACCCUCCAAAGUAUUUAGAAUAUCUCCAUAGAAAGCUCCAAUUUGAACAGGGAGUACGAUUUUACAGAAAGCGCUUGGGGUCAUUAAGGGAGGCAUACGAUGUAUGUCCUGGUUCAAAACUCAUUGUAAAUGCUACUGGAAAGGGUCUGCAAUGGAAUGGAGGUUAUGAUCCAGAAUGCUUCAGUAUAAGAGGGCAGACGUUAUUAGUAAGAGGACCUUACGAAUGCCCACUGGCUGGAAAAACAAUAACUCAUCAACCAUCUGAUGGUAAAUGGACUUUCGUAAUUCCCCGGCCGCUCAAUGGGGGUUAUAUCAUCGGAGGCACUAAACAAGUUAAAGAUGAAUAUCCUUCAGUCCGAGAUAUAGAUACAGAUGAUCUUAUCUCAAGAGCGAAAGUGCUGUUUCCAGAACUCUUGAUUGACGGUUCGUUUGAUAUUCAAAAGAUUAAUGUUGGAUUUCGACCUGCAAGGAAUGGAGGCUUUCGACUUGAAAAAGAGAGUUUAGGUAACUCCACUAUUAUACAUGCUUACGGUGCUGGCGGAAUGGGAUACGAGAUGUCACAUGGAAUUGCCAUGAGGAUUGCGGAAUUAAUUCAGCUAAAUGGUGUUCAAGGCAAGUUAUAA